CCAGCACCUACGAAACAUGCUGGUAGAAAGAAAGCUCGUGUUUCUUCUCCAGAACGCGUUCCCUUUGAGCCUCUUCUAGAAGGUCAGGAAUCUUCAAAAGCAACACAAACUAGGUAUGAUGAUUAUAUUAAAGCCAUUCAAUGUUUAGAGAAGAAGAUUGAGAUUGUAAGUGUAGCUUUAAAUGAACAAGGUGAUAAUGUUGGCGAAUCAUUAAUUAAUGAACUUUUUGUUGUAAUUGCGAUUAUAAUAGGCAUUGAUAAAGAGGAAAAUACAAAAUUUUUCAAAUGUGUCUCCCAAAAAUUGCAGCAAACCAAUCAGAAUCACAUCGUAUUUCUUAAUUCAAUGGAUUGUACUGACUUGAAACGAACAGAGAAGCAAGUAGUUAGGCAAUUUUUUGGUAGGGAGGCAAUUGAUGAAGACAGUGACAAUGACGAUUGUAGUGACGAAUGCCAGGAAGACUGUCAAGAAGAUGAUGAUGUUUCUAUUUGUUCUAUCGACCCAAUUGAGGAUAUUGUUGAUAUGAAUACUUUGGCUCAAUGGUAUGAGUAUAAUUAUCAAAUUAAAGAUGGCCUCAAACCUUUAUCGAAGCUGAUUAUCAUAAUUCAAGAUUUUGAGUGUUUUAUACCAGAAGUCUUAGAAAACUUUAUAUAUAUGUGCAGUCAUUAUCAAGAUAGAAUUCCAACUAUAUUGAUGUUAGGAAUAACCACUUGUAUUCGUGGUAUCGACCCACUUCACGAAAAUUACUCAUAUUCAGUAGUGCGCUUGUUAAAACCUGUGGCGUUCUAUUUGCAGACACAAAAAGCCCGUUGCGAUGACCUUGUAUCUCAAUGUUUGAUAGAAGAUGCCCAAUUUAUGAAAGUCGGUGAAAAAACAUACGAAUUUCUGCUUGAUAUGUUUAUUGGAAGAAAUAUAUUGACAACUAUUGAACCAGAAGCUAUUCAUCCGAGGCUUGACUUGCUAAACGAAAAUCAUGUAGAAAUGAUACGAAUGCAGAUUUCAUUUAGAGAGUAUGUGGAAUCCAAACUUCAUCAGCCAGCUGAGGCGCGUCAGCUAUUGUGCGAUGAUUACUAUGUAAAAUCCCUUUUACCCACUUUCAGUCAAAAUAUGGCAACAUAUCAUCAAAGAUUUGCUAUUGCACUGGAAUUUGUAAUUUUUCUCCAAGAGUUCCUUCGAGAAUGUUCGAAUUAUGAUGUAAAAAAGUUAAAAUCGAGGUAUGAGUUAUAUUCCAUCGCAUUAAAAAAGCCUGGGCUCGGUGAAAAUGAGUACAUCCAAAUAUUGCUGGAUGAUUUGAUAAAGAUAGAUCCAAAACAAAUUGGAGAGUUACUUCAAAUCUUUGUUUCUUUACUUAAGAAUGUAUUUGAUCAUGUGGAUAAUAUUAAACAAGAAUAUGAGGAUUUUUACCAAUUUUUGAUUCGAUCAAAGGAGAUUGAAAACGAUUUAACCAGGCCUUCCGCGUCGACUCGCUCCGCAGCAACAAAAAUGAAAAAUAAAGAAUUCACCAUUCUACAAAAGAUCGAAAAGAUCGGCGACGAUUACAAACAAUUAGUUAUCGAUGUUGAAGAUAUAUCCAUUCUUGAAUGUGCAUUCGUACCAAAAAUACGAUCAGCAAUUCAUGCUGCUCUCGGACUUUCUACCGAAUAUAUAAAUUGUAACUGUUGUAUGAUCGAUUCGGACGAUGAAAGUAAUGAGAAAAAUGACGAUGAUUGGGAUUCUAGAGAGCAAAUUCUUUCAACGCAUAAUGAUACUUCUAUCCUAUACAAAUUACAUUUACAAUGUGGUAAAUUGAUUAACGUUCGAGAUUGGCUGGAUUCUUUUGAAAAUGUAAUAUCUAAAGAAAAUUUAGAAAAUAGAAAACCUAAUGAAAAGGAGGUUGUGGCAAGAUUUAUAAAAGGAUUUGAAGAACUUAAAUUAAUUGGCAUAAUCGGAUCCACAAGCAGAAAAACAGAUCAUUUUAAAAGACUAUCAUGGGGCAAAUUAUAA